GGGAGGGACCUGAUGGCCCAGCGAGCCGCGAGGCGGAGGUGCCCGGCGCCCACCGAAGCGAGGGGUUCAGAGGGGCCCCGGGCUUGUAGCGGGAUGUUGAGGGCGCUGGGGCUUGGAGGGAAUGGGGCCGGGGGAGCAGGCCCAGAAGGGGAGGCCGUGCUGGGGGGAAGGAUGGGGGCCCGCGGAGGUGAAGAAGAGAAGCCAGAUGUGUGUGCAAAGCGGGAAGCAGGGGCUCGGGCGAGCAGCUGCUCCAGAUGCUGCUGCUGCCGCCGCGGCCACCCCACCCUCGGUCCUCCUCUCCGGAGGCCAUGGACCCACCGCCCCCCAAGGCUCCCCCUUUCCCCAAGGCGGAAGGCCCCUCCUCCACUCCUUCCUCGGCGGCGGGGCCCAGACCCCCGCGGCUGGGCCGCCACCUGCUCAUCGACGCCAACGGGGUCCCCUACACGUACACGGUGCAGCUGGAGGAGGAGCCUCGGGGCCCACCCCAGCGCGAGGCGCCCCCGGGAGAGCCUGGUCCCCGCAAGGGCUACAGCUGUCCAGAGUGCGCCCGUGUCUUUGCAACCCCCCUGCGGCUGGAGGAGUACCAUUUCUUCCUUCCCCCUUUCUAG